AUGCUGCAGAACAGACAGGAGGCUAAUGCAGAGGAGCCAGGCCUUCUGGGCCACACCGAGGACUUCAGCUUUCCCUCCCUCUGCCUGCUGACCCUGCUGCUACCAGCCCUCGGUCCAGGGGCCCCUAUUUCCCCAGCUGAGCCCAUCAGUCAGGCCUAUAGCCUGGCCCUCUACAUGCAGAAGAAUACAUCAACACUGCUGCAGACUUAUCUCCAGUACCAAGGCAGUCCUUUUUGUGACCCUGGCUUCUCAGCCCCUGAGCUCCAGCUCAGCAGCUUGCCUCCUGCCGCUGUCUCCUUCAAGACCUGGCAUGCCUUGGAUGAUGGGGAGCGGCUGAGCCGUGCCCAGGGGGCCUUCCUGGCCUUGACCCAGCAUCUCCAGCUUGUGGGGGAUGACCAGAGCGACCUGAACCCUAGCAGUCCUAUCCUGCUGGCUCAGCUCAGGGCUGCGAGACUCAGGGCCCAAGGCCUGUUGGGCAACAUAGCUGCCAUUAUGACUUCCCUGGGCCUGCCCAUCCCCCCAGAAGAGGAUAUUCUUGGGCUUGUCCCCUUUGAGGCCUCAGCCUUUGAGAGGAAAUGUAGAGGCUAUAUAGUAACACGGGAAUAUAGGCACUGGACAGAUCGAGCUGUUAGGGACUUGGCUCUGCUCAAGGCCAAAUACCCUGGAUAG